CCACACCUGAGCAGGUUGAGCUGUGAAGACGCCGCAGGACUGAAACUCCGCCCCCUCUGUUCCUCCGCGCUGUGAAGAAAUCUUCAGAGAAUCUUCAUCCAAAAGCAGCUCCUGCGCUCCGACAGCGACCAGCACCGACCAGCUCUCAAACAGCUUCCUGUCUUCCAUCAGCAGGCAGCCGGUGAGUAAUUCUCCCCAUGAACUGGGCGUUCCUCCAGGGCCUCCUCAGUGGGGUCAACAAGUAUUCCACAGCCUUCGGCCGCGUGUGGCUCUCCAUCGUCUUCCUCUUCAGGGUCUUGGUGUUUGUGGUGGCAGCAGAGAAUGUUUGGGGCGACGAGCAGAAGGAUUUCAAAUGUAACACGGCUCAGCCAGGAUGCCACAAUGUUUGCUACGACCACUUCUUUCCCGUCUCCCACAUCCGGCUGUGGGCCCUCCAGCUCAUCUUCGUCACCUGUCCUUCUCUCCUGGUGGUUAUGCACGUUGCCUACAGGGAGGACCGGGAACGGAAACACCGCCUGAAAUAUGGAGACAACUGCCGCCGUCUCUACCAGAACACUGGGAAGAAGCGCGGAGGUCUGUGGUGGACCUACGUCCUCACUCUGGUCUUCAAAAUCGGCGUGGAUGCCACGUUCGUGUACCUCAUGUACCACAUCUACGAGGGCUACGACUUCCCAUUGCUCAUCAAGUGUGAACAGAAGCCGUGCCCCAACAAAGUGGACUGCUUCAUUGCUCGGCCCACCGAGAAGCGGAUCUUCACCGUCUUCAUGGUGGUCACCAGUUUGGCUUGCAUCGUGCUUUCAGUUUUUGAAAUCCUCUACCUGGUUGGUAAACGCUGCCAUGAGUGUUUAUCCACGGAACAUCACUCUCGCCAACUCAUGACCAAUGCGAUGUCCGCUGGAAGCAGCAACCUGGUGGAGACAAACGCUCUGAAGCUGGUAGGCAAAAAUGUGCCUCAGUCGCCCGCUCCUUCAUACAAUGUCACCAUAUCAUGAGUUAUCAGCAGUGGGAGGACUUCAGAAACACUAAGAUGUGAAGUCGCAUGGACGCCGUUCCUCGCAGUACAUGAGGGUCCAUACAGACUCUUUAGAGACUGAACUGUUGAGUUGGUCGAACUAUUUUGUUUCUGCUUCACUGAUUAAAAAACAAAAAACAAAGUGGACUGCUCGCCAAAAGGAUUGUCAAAAUAAAUGUCUAUGUUCCGUAAUGAGUUACAGAUCUAGAUAGCACCAGUUAACGAUGGAUUAGUAUGAACAAAGUAUUGGACACGUAAUAGAAACUGCAUUUUCAGCACUGAAGCAUUUUAAUACAGGUUGCAGACUAUGAGGUGUCAUUUCUGACGUAGUUCAUCUUGACAUACAUAUUUCAUUAAGGCAUCAUAUUACACAUCUAUUCAGUAUAAAUCAACAAAGUUUUAAAAUUUGUAGCCAAAACUACACUGCAGAGACUGAGUGGAAUCAGGCCAAUGUUCUGGUUGUGAAUCAGUUUCAUGAAACUUCAAAGGUGUCGUUUGUCUUCUUCAUUAUUUUUAAGGGUGUUUCUAAUAUUUUGUCCACCUGAUUUAAAUAAGCAAAUGUUCUAAUGUACGGCUACAGAGUGGACCAGAGAGGUGCAGACGGGAAACAGAUGAAGUUUAAAUCCUGUUUUGUAAACAUUUGUAUAUCUGGAUGUAUAUAUAAAUAUUUCAUAACAUUGUGAUGCAGCAUACAGCAGCUGCAUAUUUGUAAGAAUUAUUUUUCAUUAAAAGGUAAUUAUUUCA